CCACACACGUAAAAUUACUCCACCUUUAGUGGUUUUAAAAAAAAACAUUUAAUAUGUAUUUGGUGUACAUAAUCCGAAACUGCAAAUUGUUUGAUGAAAUAUCAAGUUUCCCAUGAUUCCCCGCAGUAAACAGCUGUAGUCGCACCAGGCUGCCAAGGCAGGCAGCAGUGGUGGGGCAGACGAGAAGAAGUGUUGCCACUUGCCAGUUGCCUCUAAUGGCAGCUAGUAAAAUGGAAGUGAAUUUGCUCGGAAAUUCUUUGAAAGAAUUUCGGUCAGGCAUGCUCGUGCACACGGUGGGUGCGAGUGACACACACUUAUGAAAAGGAGCAAAUUCAGUCCUGAGGCAUAGCGGAUCCUCGUUGCGGUGGUGGGGCGACACCGGGCCAGGAUGUUGUACGUAUUCCACGUGGACACCGGCAGGAUGCGGACGUUCGACAUGAACUUGGCGCUGGAGAGCGUGAAGCAGCUGAAGGAGGCGAUCGAGCACGACUGCGGCAUCCCCGCCAACAAGCAGGUCCUGCUCGUCAGCGGGGGGCAGACCCUGGAGCCGAGCGCCCGCGUCUGCAACUACUCGGCGGGCACCGACACCAACCCCAUCUUCCUCUUCAGCAAGUGCACCAUCGAGAGCAAGAUGCCCCCCAGCUUCGCGAUAGACCUGGGGUCCGAUGCGGAGCUGAAGGAGCAGGUGGAAGGCACCCGGGACCUGCCCGACACGUACAUGACCGUCGGCAAGAGGGUGCAGCUGGCCCAGCGGUUCUGCGACCUGGCCCGGGAGCAGACCCGCGUCUGCGAGCAGCUGGUGCACGAUCAGCAUCUUCAGCAGCAAGGUUGGGCUGCAGUGUUGGCAAACUUGGAAGAUACCGCAAGAGAAUUUCGGAAUAGGGUUGAAAUAUUCAAACAAAAUUACCUCCAAUAUUUGGAAACGCAUCAGCUGUAUUCGGAACUCUUAAAAAACUUCCACGAAGAUUUGGCGAUCCUGUCGAAAAUACCGGUUCUCCCGGAGCUGCUGGAGGGUGGCUCCCCCGAGCCGGGGGGCUGCGACAGCUCCGAGGCCAGCUGCGGGGGGCCAUCCGCGGACCCCGGGGUGUGCAGUGGGGACUCGGGCGUGGAGGAGAGGGCGGCGGGCGGAGGCGGCGGUGUGGUGACGCUCCUGGAGUGGAUCACCAACAAGGACAACCAGAGCAGCCUCCACCAGUUCGCCAAGCAGUGCCAGCUCGGCCUGGAGGCGUUCAACGAGGAGGUCCUGGAGGCGCGGAUGAGAGAGCUGGAGACCGUGCUGGGAGAGGCCGGCCGCACGGAGAUGAAGGAGGUCAAGGGGCUGGAGGACCGACUGUACGGGCUGGACCAGCUCAUGUGCGAGGCCAAGAAGUUCCUGCAGGAGCAGGGAGACAUGGCCCAGUCGUUCAGCCAGAACCAGACGCGGGCCAACAACCUGGGCGACCCGUCCAUCCUGCCCGACCUGUGCAAGUCGCACCGCCACUACGUGCAGAUGAUGCACGCCAACCACCGCCACCUGCUGGACAUCCGGGGGAGAUGCGCCCGCGCCAAGGAGGAGCUCUGCCUCAACCUGCACCUGCGGCUCAAGUGGGUGGCCUACGUGGAGAGCAGCCUGUUCGAGGCCGGAGGCCGGCUGGUCAUGUACCACGACGGCCUGCGCAGGCUGCGGCACAGCCUGGAGGCCGCGCGCCAGGUGCACCGCGCGCCGCAGGCGUACGCCGCGGCCGUCGGCGAGGUGGUGCGGCGCCGCGCCUUCUCCCGGGCCUUCCUGCUGUGGGCCAACGACUUGUCGUCCCAGUUGCUGGCUGUCCACAACGAGGAGGUGGCUAGGCGGACAGAGUUCAAGACCCGCUUCGAAGGCCACUUCCUUAACUCUCUCUUCCCUGGGAUGGAAGAUCUGCCACCUCCAUUCGCCACUCAAGCGCCCGCUCCGUUCGACUCAAGGUUACCAAAGCUCACAAUGGAAGAUUUUGAAAAUUUGAAGCAAGAACUUCCCAAACUUUCCUUUUCUUUAACCCAGUCCGACAUUGAGUCCAUCACGCAGUUCUUCCUUCUCAGGUCGUUCACUGGAACAUUGAAACUCGAAGAGAAGGAGCAAGUGAAGGAACUGGAAGAUCAGUUGGUGAAGGUGGUGGCGGAAGCGGGCCUUGCGGAAGCCGGCUCCGAGGGCCUCCUCCAGCCGACGGAGGCGGACAAGCAGCUCCCGGGACAGAGCCCCAGCCCGGUCCUCGUGCAGGGAGUGACGCACCUCAGGGACCAGGACAGGGGCUUUGAGUCGGAGACAGACACGGAGGAGUUCGAGAAGGUCGGCCAGAGCCCCGUCGAGUUGAGGUUCGACGCGAAGCAGGUGGCGGCGGUGACCGGCGGGGCAGGCGCUACCAUCGCCACGCUGGAGGAGAACCUGGGCAGCACGCGCGCCGAGGCGGACCGGCUUCGCGGGCUGCUGCUGGCCGCCGGGAGGACGGCGUCGCGGGCGCUGUGCGGGCUGCGAGACGAGCUGUCGCUGAUGCGCACGCGUGCCGCCCUGGACCGCGGGGAGCUGGUGCGGCUAUGCGCGGACCUGGGCGCGGCUCUGGGCCGCGAGCGAGAGGCGGAGGCCCAGCUGGCCCUGGCCGCGAGGGAGCGGGAGCUGGAGGCGCUGCGAGCGGACUCGGAGCGGAGGCUGGCCGAGGAGGAAGCGGGCCGUCAAGCGCUGGGCUCGGAGCUCCGGCGGAGGCUGGACGCGGCCGAGGCGGAGAAGGCGCGGGCGCUGAAGGAGCAGGCCGACGCGCUGCUCCACGACUACAAGGCGGAGCUAGAGAGCCUGAGGUCGCGCUUCCGGAUGGCCACCGCGUCCAUGGAGCGCAGCCCCAGCGACACCAGCCUCGAGAAGAUCGAGAGGCCCGACAUUAGUGCGGAAAGGGAAGCUGCGAUAAAACUAGCAGUGGAGCAGGAGCGAUCUGCUUGGGAAGCCAGGCUCGAGAAUGAAAUUAAGGCUAUUAAAAUGAAGGUGGAUGCUGAGAAACAGGUGUGGUUCAACGAGGCGAUCGGCCGGGUGGUGGAGGAGAAGGAUCGCCAGCUGGACGCGCUGCUGGCUCGCGAGUCCUCCCUCGUCGAGGAGUGCCGGAGGCAUCGGGAGGAGAUCCAGCGCCUGAACAGGGCCCACAGCUGCCGGAGCCUGGACUCUGUCCGGAGCGUGACCGCAUCGGACCGGGCUCAGCCGGAGGGGGAGGCGGGGGGAGAAGUGGCGGGGAGCGGGCCAUCCAGUCUGCCCUGCACCUUGGACGGCAGCGGGGAGAGGAAGACCGGAUCCCCGGCGGACAUGAACUCGUCGGUGGCAGUCGUGCCGGAAGGGAACGCCAGUCGUGACGUGGCGACUAGUCCAGAGCCAGCGCAGCGAAGCUUGCUGUCUGAACAGGCGAUGAAGGAGAAGUUGACCCGAAGCCAAACAUCUCUGGUUCAGCAGGGGAAGAUCAGUAUAGCCUCGUGCAAUCCCGGCGACGCGGUAUUGGUGAUGUGGGACGACGAGCAUUGCAACUACACCAUAGUGCAGGAUACGAGCACGCUGUACUUCCUGCAUUCCGACUACGUGGAAGGCCUGGGGUUGAAACCCACUCCAGAUGGUUUCGGCCGGAGAUACAGCUCGGGAGAAGUCAUAGAUAAGGAGUAUUGCCACGCCAAAAAGCCGGAGAACAGGUACAGAGUGCCGAAGGGGACCAAGUUCUACCGCGUGAGAGUGAGGCCCCUGUCGCGGGAUCCCAGCCUGGCUCGCAGCCACCACCACCACCACCACCACCACCACCACCAGGGCUACCACCACGAGUCGCCCCUCUCCGCGUCCACGUCGUCGCUCAGGCCGGGUCCCCCCCUGCAGCAGGCUGAGCAGUAGGGCGGGGAGAAGACCCCCUUUCCCCCUCUCUCCGCCGCCUCUCUUCCUCGGCGUCCGCACGGCCGUGUUCAUACGUCACAUUUCAGUUUUUACAAACUUCGACACACCAAACCUUAUUUUAUUAUUUUAUUUUUGUUUUGCGCUUUAACCAGGAUGACCUACUGGGUCAAUGAAAGUAAAAUUGGCUGAAAGUCCUCAAAAAAAGAAUGUAUUUUAAUAUUUUUUUUUUAAAAAAAGUCGAUGAAAUACACAGUUCUUAAGCACCUCGACGACGGACAAAAUUACCUGCUCGUUGAUGCGGCAAUUUUUAUCACGAGAGUAAUUUUGUACUGCACGCUGGACAAAUUUAAAAGAUGCCAGUGAAGGAACAAAAAAAAAUAAAUAAGUUUUUGGUCAUAGUGGAGACGACUACUACUACAUAUGUUUCUUGUGUUUGCACCAUUUUAUACGUGAUUACAAAAAAAAAUUGUGAAGAUGUUUUUUUAAAAAGUUGCUAGUUUUAAUUUUUUUUUUGACCCGUAGGACAUCCUGUGAAUGUUGCUUUUUAUAUCUAAUAUAUUUGUAAAGAUUCAGUGCUCAGCAGCAUUUUUGUGAUGCAGCGAUUGUUGCUUGCUUGCUUGCUUCUCUGCAAAUUUCAGAUGUUCUGAAAUGUUGGAAUUUGAUUUAUAUUUUUUAGUCGAUUUGUAUAACAUUAUUGUUGUUGCCAGUGUGUUAAAAGUGAAUUCCUUCAGUGAGUUUUAUUAAUUUUUCCACCAAGUGAUGCAGAUGUUAUUAAGUUGUCACUAUGCAACAUAGCUGAAAUUCUGUGAAAACGUAUCUUCAAAGCUGGCGAGUAACAAUCUAGCGUUUUAUGUGGAAGAGACUGAAAUUAUCCUGGGUUGGUCAGUUCAAAUCCCAACGUGUUUGUUGCUUAAAUGUGUUAUAAAAAACCUUCAAUUUGUGAACCCUGACACAACACCUCCCCUUUAAAACAUUUUCCGGUUUUACGAUGUAACUUAAUUUGGCUUCAAAAUAUUUGUUUAGAAUUAUAUUUUAUCCUUUUUAAACUUUUUGCUUGAAUGAAUUGGAAAUUUCUCUGUGCCGUUCCAGAAAUGUUAUGAGCUUUCUCUGUUCAUCAAGCAGUUUUUUCAGUCCAGUAUUUUAUAGAAAAAAUAGAAUGAAAUGUUUUUUUAGUUACUAGCAAAUAGCGAAUGCUGACCUGUGAUGAAGAAAACAUAUGCUUAAAGUUUUUUAAAAGGGAAGAUUUGUAGUCUACCACGUAUUGGAUCAGGCCUAUACUUGCUAUGAAGUGCAGUAUAACAGUGUUAAGUUUUCCUAAGGAAAGUUGGGAAAAAAAAAAUCAUAUGCAAGAAAAAUGAGCAGGUACUAAAUUUUCAGAACCUCUGUUAUAAAUUAUUCUUUUUUUAUAUUAAUUUUACUGACAAGACAAAGAAUUUCAGCAUUUUUAUUAAUGUUAGUGAAUUUUCUCUAGCAUUCACCAAAAAACCUUGCACUAAAUUAAGCAUUUCUAUUGAGCGUAAUUUGUAGGGUAUCCUAAAGUGGCCAAGUAUUACGGAUUUUCCGUAAUUAAUGAAAUAAUGGAGAGUUGUUUUGGAAUUAGAAAAACUUAAUGGCACAUCUGAAAUUUUGUUUGUAUGAGCGUUUCGUACAACUAAACUUUCUCAGGUAACUUAUUUAAUAUGAAGGAAAUCUUUUCGUCAAGUGCUCACAUAUAUAUGUAAUUCUGAAACUAACUUUAUCUUUUAAAAUAUCAAUUGGUUUGCAGAUAUGCGAGGUUUCAAAAUUAAUUAAUUAAUUGAUUGAUUUAUUAGCUCAUUGCUUCCUAAAAGUGAGGAUUAUAUUAUUUUGUGAAGUCUAGUAUUUGGUGUAAGCUGUAUACCGCAUUCGUUUUUCACGCGUAUUUUAUUGCGUGCAUAAAUUUGAUUAUUAAUGGUUGAGAUGUUGGCAGCAAUGGUAUUCACUUAAAAAUGAAAAUAAUAUAAAUCUCUUCUUUAACAGAAGUGAUUGCUUAUUUUGAUGUCACAAUCGCUGUGUAAAGAUUAUGAGUAAUUCUUUAAUUUUACAGCUUGUUUUAUGAUAAUGAUGUUUAUGCCUGCUGCCUUGGUGGGGAUGGGAUACAGGGGUGAGACAGUGACUGAGGGGCUGAUUUGGGGGGGGGGGGGGGGGGUUGAGAAUGACAGGUGGUUGGAACUGCUCAAAAAGGACACCAGCGAACACGAGAUAGUAAUGAUCUGCAGGGUCCUGACUAUCUGUGGGCUGCAAGUAGUCGAAUAAUAUUUGAUAUUCGUGCGUAAUUUGAUUUUUCAAUAUUCAUAACAAAGUUAGAUAUUCAGUUAAACAUUUCAUUAAUUUUAUUAUUAUUUGUUACCAAUGGAUAUGCAUUCAUGCCUACACCUUGUGGGGGACUUUUCAACAGUUGGUCACACUUUAAUUCCUAAGAUAUACCCAAUUUUAUUUUUUAUUAUUGUGACUAAACUAUUUUUUUUUUGUGUUUUAAAAAUCUUAUACAGUAGUUAUAACUUUAAUAUAUAAUUAUUUUAUAAUUAAUAAAGGUAAAAAGAUUGUAUUUUUUUCAUAGCUAUAAAAUAUGAUGUCCACUAGAAUGUAGGUACAUCUUAACCCACACAUUCAAGAUUUGAUAAACUCCUUGUAUCAUUGGGAUACCUAUAAAUUGUCCAAGUCAGUAGCUGAAUAGACAGAAAGUGUUAAUGAAAAAAUAAUUAUUAAAAAAAAAAAAAUAACAUGUAUGAGGCUAAGAUGAUUUAUUGAGAUAUUUAGAUUUGUUAUGGUUGAUAUGGUUUUUAUAUUUAACAUGUGGCCAACCCCCCUUAUACCGGGGUAGUUGCACACGUCCGCACUCGCCACGCCAGCCCCGUAUACGCGUCACCACUGCCAUGCUGAUAUUGAAAGUGUAGUAAAAUUAAAUUCAACAGACGCGCAUGGACUGGUGUAACAUUUGGCCAGUGCGCAAAAUAAAUCAUUAGCAUGCUAAAUUUACCGACAGUCCUGCAUAACGUAUUGUGAUAGUUAUAAUAAUGAAUUACCAAAAAUAAGAUGCUCAAAAUUAAGUACUGUAAAAGGGUAAAGGGAUCUAAAAGGUUAAUUAUCAUUUAAAUUGCUAUCAUUGAAUUCAACGCAUGUAGCGACAUUUGUAUACAGACACUCUUACAGUAAACUUAAUUAUAUUCCCAAGUCCCACAAAGUCUAUUACGGAGGAGGGGGGGGGGGGAACGAAAUAGUGACGUCCUUCAGUCUAGAUAAAUUCAACCAGCAAUUCCCGUCGCCGCACUCUGUCUGUCUUUCAAACACGUCUUCCAUAAGUCAUACCAGCCGGGCAAAAAGUACAAAAUCCAGUUCUCGCACUUACUUGUUACUGAAGCAUACCUCUGUAGUUGGUGACUGCCGGGGUCGGGUGUAAACCCCACUCACUUUUUAGCGCCUCUUGCAUCGCGCUGUAUCGGUGGCCCAUGCACUAGGCCCCCAAAUAUCGCGUUCUCGUAUACCACCACUUACGUUGCUUCGCCCAAGGUGUCGUGGCGUUACUGUCAUAUUAAAUCUUAUUCACGUAACGUAACACCAGUUACUCAUCGCUGGGAUGCAAAUUCUACUAUCCACCGAGUAGUUCCGCGGCCGGCGGUCAAAACACACACUCCCCCGCUGCAAACAGCUGGCCGUCGCCUCCCCUUGUCACGUCAGCUGACGUCACCCCCCUCCUCUACUACCACCCCUCACUCCGCUAGAUCGUUCUGUUUAUUUCUUGCAAGUCCCACUCCAGAAUAAGGGUACUUAACGUAAAAUAAAAGAGGUAUACGAUUAAAAAGUUACAAUAAAUAAAUAAUAACAUACACCAUUAAAUAAUAUAAACACAUAAAUAAUGUUAUUGAAAAAAUUAACUCAUCUUAAAAUAAACUUUACGCAAAAUAAAGGUAAUAGUAAUAACCAAGACGACUGAGGCCGCCACAAGUGGCCUCAAACAAAUAAUAGAUGACUAUGAUUUAAAAUGAUUAAUAAUACUCUAUUUUAUGCAUAUAGUCAGAUUAACAAAAAAAAAGUUCCAAACUUAUAAUUAACUGGUUAAAGAAAAUGCAAUACCGUUUUUUUUAUUUUUAGUUUUCUUUAUUUUACACCUCUUUAGUAUGGUUUCUUGUAUAUUCCUCUUUUUAUUUUACUGUAUUUUGGAUCAAUUUUUCUUGGACUCCUGUUAAGUGUGAAAAAAUAUUACACAAUGUUAAAAAUAAAUUAAAAAAAUAUUUGACAGUCGUGCAUAUUGUAAUAUUCAAUUUGAAUAAAUAAAAUAGUUGGUAACAAAUAAUUUUUCAUGUAUAUUGAAUGUCAAAUUAGUCAUGAAUAUAGGAUAUUUUUAGAGUACUUGCAGAUUCCUACUUACAACAGGGUUAUCUUAUGUAUGUUUGUCUGCCUGUUCAAAAUUCUACCCACAAUGUUCUAACAGCAUGACAAUGAUUCUCUAAGAGACAUCCUAGAUCCUAGCUAAGGUCACUUUGCUCUUACUGUGCAUUACAUUUUUCGCUUUGACCUAAGGUUCAGUCUCAUGCCGUUAUAAUUUUUGGUUUUUUUCAGCCUUCUUUUUUUUAAGUGCAAUUUGUAAAAUUUUAACCUGAUACCUCUCUAGCAUUUUUAUUCUGCCACAACUAUUUCAACAUAUAUUGAAGUAUAAUGGGUGUAAAAAUUCACGCUAGUGUUAGUAAUUUUUAUUACUUUUUCAAUUUUUUACACUCGUGGUAUUACAUUCAAUAAAUAUACAUAUGUUGAAAAUAUUUGUGUCAGAACAAAAAAAUUCAAUGGAGGUAUCUGGUUAAAAUUUUUGAAAUAGCCCUUACAUAAAAGUAAUCAUAAGGAAAUGAAAAAAAAUCAAUGCUUGUGAGACAAACAUAUGCUUUCUUCGUUUGUACACUGUUUACUUCUAAUGUGCAUAACUUCUGUUUGUUGCUAAUUAAAUUGCAGUGUGGAAGUAAAUGGGUGCAUUCUUUCUCUUUCGAACAUGUGGACUGCCGUUAGCUCUGUCCUUGUUUCUUCGUAUGCUGUUGCCAGAUAUACAAAUUUUAAAUUGUAUUUUCAGGACAAAGCUUUUUUGCAUGUUGUAUUAGCAUCAAAAUAAGCAUCAGGCAUAUACAUUUUUGCUUACUUAAUGGCAUUUUAAGAGGCCAAAAAAAUUUAAAAAAAGUAAAUUUCUCACUGGGAACUGUUUUGGAGUAUUCCAAAAUAUUUUCACAUGGAAAAAAAAAAUAACCUACAGGUGUAUUCAGUUCAAUUUUUUUUUUGUUAAAUUAAUGUUUUAGGAUGCCACCAAAUACAUCUCAAGACAAAAAUGCUCAUUGUUUCAGUUAUACAAUUUUUCUUAAAUCCUAAAAUGUAUAUCCUGAGAAACUGAUACAUCUAAAAGUUGAUCAGUUGCAAAGUUUUUUUGCUAUUAAAUCUAGAUGGGGGGGCGAAAGCAUGGAAGAUGUUCACAAUGAAUGGAAUUUGUUUUUUGAAAGAAACGCCAUCUCAAUUGCUCCUGCAGUUUUGUGUCUAUAGCUGUGAGAACUUGCUUCCUCUGCACAAGAGCUCGUUGUAAUAGAGACUAGAGACUCUCUUACAAAUUGCUGUCGUGAGAUGAAACAUGGGCCGUGUGUUUGGAGAAGAUAUGUUCUGUCUUGCAAGCAAUUUCAAAUAUAAAGGCUUCCUUAGUUCAGCUAUUUCCUUCGGCUUGCGUUUCUGAAAACUAGCUUGCUAGUUAGUGUUGUCUCUCGUGACAAAGCGAUGCGUUGUUUUGGGGGACUCCUUACACUUACAAUUUUGACUGAUUAUUUAUUCACUUGUGUGAUUUUAUUUUCUGCAUUUAUGUGGAUUACAUAAAUAUAAACUAUGAAAUGUGGGACACUGAAAAAAAUACUACAUUGGUAGGCUAUUAGGGAGGAAGUGCAAGAUUCUGUUGAAAGUAUUAGAGUAUUUAUCAAAAAACAUGAGAGGAAGCUUUGAUCAGCUUUGGUCAGAAGUAGUGUUAAUUGAUUUUGAAGGUAUGUGUUAUUAUUAUUAUUUUCUUUAUCAAAUUCACUUUACAAUUAUUGUAUGAAUUCAUACCACCGUUGUAAGAGUAAAAAAAAAUUGUUUACAAAUUUGUGAGCGUGAUAGUUUGAAAUAUUUAAAAUUACAAUAUUAGUCCUUAAAUUUCUUCCUUGGCAAUCAGAAUUCUUAAUGUGUUAGAGAUUUGGCAACAGCGCAUGCCAUAAGCCAUGUACUGCUAUCUAAGAGUGAGACAGUCUGUCCCUACCUACAGAAACAGCAAACCAUGUAAAUUUUUAUUAUUAAACCAUGCCCAAUGUGAAAGACUCGACUAAAUGCACCAUCAGAAAAAAAACAACAUUAAAAUGAGCUUUUUCGGAUUACUGUUGGACGCCCAUGAUUGUUUCAGUUUCUGCAGAUGAAGCAUUUUUUUUGUGAUCGAACAUUUUAAACUUAAGUAAAUUAUUUCCUGGUUUCGUAAAAAAAAUUUUUUUUUUAAUGUAGUUCUUGAGCACUGAACAGCAAGCCAAUAGAUACUUACUCCAUAGUUAAUGUGUGAAAUAUCCUUCGCUUACUGAGGCAAAGUUAAAAUUUACUCUUUCAGAUUCCACUUCAAACCAUGUUCAUUCAUUUAACACUAGUUCAUAAUGCUCUGGUAGGCAGUAAGACUUUUUUAUGCACGUAUAGUAAUUUUUUUGACAAUAGUAGUUUUAAACAAUUUUAAAGUGGUAAAGCAUGAUCUCUCUGUCUUUCCUGUAAUUUUUUAGAAGUUGUUGUCUAUUACCAUUAAAUGAAAGUAUUUUUAGCUGUAGCAUUUUUUAAAAUUAAUAAUUUUUUAUUCUCUGUGUUUGUACCGAGUGCAUGGAAGUAGUAAUUUUUAACAUCUUAAAUAAAAUAAAAAAAAUAGUAAAGUGUGAGAUGUGUGUGCGUGCGAAUAUUAUAAGACUUAAAUCACUUUAAGUCGUUAGUGACUCUCUCUUGCUUAUUUUACGCUCUUGCAAUUUGUUAUGUACCAUUCAUUGGACUAAUCCAUGGUAUAUUAAAAAAAAAAAUUGGUUGUGUUGCUUGCCUUUUUGAGCAAAUUUAUUGUAGUUUAGGAUAGUCGACUUGUCGUUGAAAUGACUACUACUAUAAAGUGUAGAUGAUCUGAUUAAGUAGAAAGAAAUAUUGCUACCAGAUUUGCUAUGAUAAAGGACUGUAAGUAUUCAGUUUUUUUAAGUUUGUGUAGAUGUGACAACAGUUUUUUUAGGGCUGUGAUUUGUACAUUAAUUAUACGAUGUGUUAGCCUCCUUCUUGCUUUGUAUAGAACUUACAAAUACAAGCAAAAAAUCUUACUUGUUGAAACUGUUUUUUCUUAAGAUAGUGAAAUGUUGCAAUCUUUUGUAAAAAAAUGAAACAAAUGAAGCUUGUCCGGCACCCCAAACAACAAAUGUGCAUAGUAAGCUUGUGCUUAAAACACUCAAAUAGUAUGUACAAAGUUCUUUAAAAUAACAAGUUGUUUAAAGCUGCCAUAUGUUUUUUGGGUGGAAGGUAAUCUCUUCCGGCAACCAAGCUUUGUAAAUAUGUCUGUGCAAUUUAAUAUACUUUAUAAGUAAAAAAACCAGUAACGUAAAACACACAUUUGUGUGUUGGUGUGUGUGUAACUUUGUACAUAGGAGUUAUGAGGAGAGUUUUCGUAUUAUUAUGUACAUAGAAUUUGACACAAAUGAGAUAUUUAUACUAAUAUAUUUUUUCACGUGCAUUUAAAACAGUGUUAGGAUUCUAAAUAUGAAAAGUUCUUCGUUUUUUGUGAUUAUUUGAGUCAAAAGAAACGAAUUAUGGUGUUUGUUUCUCUAAAAAAAAUUGUAGUUUAUUGUUUUGAGUGGCAGAAAAAUCUGCUGUGAACUUGAAUACAAAAUAUAUUGUGAUAUAGGAGAACUGUUUGAAAUUAUUGGUAUCUCUGAAGAUAAGCUAGGCAUCGAAACAUCAUUUAUUCUGUAGGAUGUUAGGCAUAUAGAUUAAAAUCAAUGAAACCUUAAUUGUGCCUAGAUUAUACCCGAUACCACCUCAUUAACCGUUGAUACCUUUAAAUUUCCAGUUGCAUCUUUCCGACACAAAAAAAAAAAGGUUAGUUUUUAUUUUUUGCGGUGAUUGUUGCAUGAGAGUGUUGGAAAAAUUGUCAUGGUAUUGUUCUAUUGUAAAUUCACAUUUCUUUGUUAGCGUGGACAAAAGGUUUGAUUGUUCAUGUUUGAUGUGUGGUAUUUAUUCUUAGAGUUUAACACGUCACCUAGAACCUGGAAUAGUCUGGUCAAUAUAUGUAUUACUAAGUUAUCGAGCAAGAAUUUGUAUGUUCCUAAUUGUGUAUAAAGUGUAGGCAUAUAUUUUUUUUGUUGCAUCCAAACACAUAUCAGCAAGAAUUUAAUUAUUUUCUUCUGACUCGGUUAGUUUGGACAGUUUUUUUUCAGGUUUCGUUUCUUACAAUGCAAAUUGCAGCUCUGGAUCGUGGCUUAAGCAGUUGGUUGACUCUUGUUACAGUUUAUAAGUUUUCAUCACAUGUGAUUCAUGAGUCCAGGAUUUUUUUUCGGUGCAAGUUGCGUGACUGUAAGCAAAAUAAAAAUUUCUCAGAAAGUUUGCUAUUCAAUUUUUUAAGUAGUUCUUUUUUAGAUGUUACAUAAACUCAGUGUUAGAAGAGGCAUUGCACUAGACCUAAUAAUGUUGCACUUUAUACAGAAAAUACUGUGUCCCAGUGUAUACUUAAUAUUUAUAUUGGCUUUGUCUUUCUGUGUAAAGUGCAGUAACCUAGUUUAGACUGAGCUUGUUAUUGGUGAUAUUUUGUCUUUUUUUUUACCUGAAAAGUGUAACAUUGUCUUGUCCACCAGCUGUGUAAAUAGGUAGCAUACAAAAUAAAACUUGUUUUUUAU